AAACCAUAUGUCAAAUUCUGGGUUGGGAACUUGAAGGGUGGGAUCAGUGGAGGACGCAAUAGUGACAGAGGGAGAGGGAUUCGUACCAUUGAUGAAAUCAUGAAGGUUUUGAUAAUUUAGAAGAGGAAUAAAUUGAGUUUUCCGUGCCAAAUAAUUUUUUGGUGUAAGUCUAACAGCAAAAGAAUGGGUAGAGGUGUGAAAUCAUGAAGGUUUUGAUAAUUUAGAAGAGGAAUAAAUUGAGUUUUCCGUGCCAAAUAAUUUUUUGGUGUAAGUUUAACAGCAAAAGAAUGGGUAGAGGUGAUGAUAGAAGUGGGAGAAGUGCAAGAGGAAGAAGUGACGGGAACGACAGACAUGGCGGAAAAACAUGGAAGAGAAUUUUGUUUAAGGCUUUGAUACCAUGUGAAAUAACAAGAAUAAUAAGGAGAUUAAGAAGUCAAGGUAUUCUUCCUUAUCUUGAUGUAUUCAUGAAUAUAAGCUUAUAUAGUUGUACAAAGUAAAAAGGAUAGAUACAGGGAAUAACUACCAAGAGUCAUACGCUAAUUACAAAUGUAAAAGAUAAUUACAAAGAGUCCUAGUAAUGAAAUAAUUCUACUUUAACACACCUCUCAUCUUAUCCUUUCAUUUAGUUAUUGCGUAGUUUCUUAUAUUUUUCAAUGUGUUGCUUUCUGCUGUUGUAUUUGUUGUGUAUCUUGCUACUUUGUUCUCUCUUUUCUUGCAAUCCUGUCGGAUACUUCCCUUUGAGUCGAGGAUCUUUCGGAAACAACCUCUCUACCAAACAAAGGCAGGGAUAAAGUGUGUACAUCCUCCUUCUCUAAUACUACUUGUAGGAUUACACCGGUUAUAUGUCAUUGUCGUCUUAACCUGUGUAUAUUUGUACUCACUUGCAAAACCCUUGGAAAUUGAGCAUCAGAGUAACCUAUCUUGCCCUCUAUUACGUAUAUGUUGCCCAAAAAUAAUGCCUCGAUGUCAAGUACCUUGGGGAAUUCUUUCAAAAACAUAAAACUUAAGACAAAACAUACCACAGAGUCAUAUUUUCAGCUUUUUUCUUUUUGGCCACUUAUGCGUCUCUAAGGAGGUGCUAACCCACACACAGUCAUCUGUCGAGCCAGAGUGAUUUUAGCACUUGAAAAUAUAUAUAGUUUAGGGGGUAACGUAAACAAGACAUAGUUUAAGCAUGAAACUAAUAAACACCUAAUAAUUUAGGGAAUGAAAUAUAUAUAUAUAUAUAUGUGUGUGUGUUGACUAUAAUUUUUUAAAAACAGAAAGUAGUCACUCCAAUUUCCAAGCAGUAGUAAAGUAAAAAAUGAAGCAGCAAAAGAGUAAAAUUUUAAAAAGAAAAAAAAACCGAAACAAAUUUCCUUAUUCUGAAAACGGGCUUUUCAAUAAAACUUAUUACAUGGUCCGUGGUCUUCAAGGAAUAAAAGAGUAUAUCCUAAAUUGCUUAGGAUUUGUUACGUACUUUGUAGUUUACCUAAGCCAUGUCUAAAUAGGUUUAGGUUUUACUCCUAGUUAAUAUAGGUUUAAUUUACACCAUUAUAAAUAUGAGUACUAUUAUGGAAUAAUUAAAAACCUACUACCGCCUUUCUCUCUCUCUCUCUAUAUGUAAUUAACUGCUGGAACUCGGAAUCAAAAUAAGCCACACAAUUAAAAAAAUGACCAAAUAGGUCAUCUAUUUAAAAAGUUACCAAAAUAGGCUAAACGUAAUAAUUUAUUACGUUUUUCACUUUUUUGUUAACGGUCAACUAACUGAGUUGAUAAAAACGUAAGUAUUUCUUACGUUUUACACGAUGAUUGGAAAAAAAAAUUGUGAGUUAUCUAAUCAGUAAUAAAUACACUUUUUAAAAAAUUAUGUAAAAACGUAAUAAAGAGUUACGUUGUUGAAAACUAAAGGUGGUCCACUUUUACCGAAGGUACGCCGAUUAGGUAAAAGGAUAAACAAAGAGGAAAAAGCAUACUGCAGGCAGAACAUAUAAGUAUUACAGUAUAAUUUAUUCAAUUAUAAAUUUAUAAUUAAAAGUAUUUUUUAUUAGAAAAUAUUAUUUCAUUUUAAUGUUAUUUUAGCUCAAAGAAAAUAUUAUAUUAGGAAUUUAAGAUUAAAGUUGACAGUUAUUUUCAACUUUAUCCUUAACAUCAAAGAAGAUUUAUUUUUAGUAUUUCUCAAUUCUAAAUAAAAUCUAAUAAAUUGGGCAACUUAAUAAUUAUGCCUUAUAUUUGUUAUUUUAUGUCAUGAACGUGAAAUGAAUUAAAAUAAUAGUUAUAGUGGGAUGGAGGGAGUAGGAUGGUAAGAAAUAUUUCAACAAGAUAAAUUUUUUUUUUUUUUCAAAUGUUUAUACUGCAUAUAGAGUCCCUAUAAUAAUUGUCUCAGUUGAAAGAAAUUUUUUAAAUUAAAAUUAUUAAAAUCAUAUUUAAGAUCAACAGAAAUGAAAUGAUUUAAGUAUAAAAUUAAUUGAAAUGAAAAUUAUUGAGAGAAAUUGAUUGUAAAACAAAUUUUGUUCAUAAUUUUGUGGUCUGUUUCCUGUGGUCGGAUUUUGCCUUUUUUUUAAUAGUGAAAAAGUUAUAGAAAUAAACUUCAAAUAUAAAAAAUAUAUAAAAAAAAAAAUUUAAGGCCUUAUUUUGAAGUUUCUCUUUAGACCACACAAUAUAUUGAGCCGCCUGCAUCUAGCAUCAUCAUCUAAAUCGUUGUCCAACAAAACCAAGGAAAAUUAGAAAAGCUAAAAGAGAAGAAUGUUGUAAACAUGCUUAUCACAAAACAAUAGAAGGUGGUAAUGCUAUUCAUACCAAACACACAUACAGUGAUCUCUUUAGUUUUGAAAAAAGUCAAACAACGUAACUUUUUAUUACGUUUUUACACAAUUUUCUGAAAAAAUCAUUUAUUACUGAUUAGACAAUUCAAAGUUUUUUUCCCUCAACCAUCGUAUAAAACAUAAAAAAUUCUUAUGUUUUACAUUUUUUUUUUUAUAAAACGUAAGAAGUUCUUACGUUUUUAUAAAAGUCAACUCCGUUAGUUGAUCGUUAACAAAAAAGUGGAAAAUGUAAUAAUUUAUUAAGUUUAGUCUAUUUUAGUAACUUUUUAAAUAGACACCCUAUUUUGAUCACUUUUUUAAUUGCGUGGCUCAUUUUGGUUUCGAGUUGCCAUCAUGGAGAGACGAGUAACAACCACCAAACGUCCACACCCAAUGUGGAAAAUUUAUAGGGUUAUUAGCAGCCAUUUGGGAGGGGUAAGAUCAGUUGCGGUCGAUCCUAGUACUACUUGGUUCUGCACUGGAUCCGAAGAUCAGACUAUAAAGAUAUGGGAGUUAGCAAGUGGUGGGUUAAAGCUCACGUUAACAGGUCACGUUGGACAAGUAAGAAGUCUAGCUGUUAGCGAUAGACACACAUUCACGUUCUCAGCUGGCGAUGAUAAGCAAGUUAAAUGUUGGGACCUCGAACAAAAUAAGGUGAUUCGCUCAUAUCAUGGCCAUCUAAGUGGCGUUUACUCCUUAGCUCUUCAUCCCACAAUGGAUAUCUUGUUCACUGGGGGUGGUGAUUAUGUUUGUCGAGUAUGGGAUAUUCGGAGCAAAGUACAAAUUCAUGUUCUGUCCAGAGGCGGAUGCAGAAUUUUAAACUUCCUUACGGUAGCGGGUGUGGGUUUCCACUGGUUCUGUCUGGACAUGAUGACGCUGUUUGUUCUGUUUUAACUCGAACAACGGACCCUCAGGUUGUAACGGGAUCUUCUGACUCGACCAUAAAGUUAUGGGAUCUUAGAUAUGGUAAGACAAUGACAACGUUAACACAUCAUAAGAAAUCCGUUCGAGCUAUGGUUCAACAUCGUAAGGAAGAUUAUUUUUUCGGGUCUGCGUCAAGUGACAACGUAAAGAAAUUCAACCUUCCAAAAGGAGAAUUUUUGCAGAAUAUGAAUAGUGAUAUUCCACAACAGAAGACUAUAAUCAACGCCAUGGCGGUUAAUAAUGAAGAUGUAAUGGCGACAGGAGGUGACAAUGGGAGCUUGUGGUUUUGUGAUUGGGCAAGUGGUUGCAACAUACAACAACCUCAAACCAUUGCUCAACCUGGAUCUCUUGAUGGCGAGGCCGGUAUCUAUGCUCUCUGCUAUGAUGUAACAGGCAGUAGGCUUAUUAGUUGUGAAGCUGACAAGACCAUCAAGAUGAAGCUACGUACCACAUAUGAACAGAGUUAGAAAAUGUACUUAAAUCGUCUACGUUUAUUGCUAAAAUUGGACUGUUGUUCACUUAUUGCUAUUAUUCCACGUGUAUAUUUCGAGUCAGAUUGCUUAACUUAGUACCUUUUUUUCAUGUUAAAAUUCUGGCUCCUACAAUUCCAUUUUCGUUAUCGUUUAGUUGAUAUAUAUAUAUAUAGUGUUUGCUUUUCUUUUAUACAUGAAGAAUUGAA